AUGGGAAUUUUUCCAAGUAUUGGAAAUUCGAACGAGUGGUCUACUGGCCUCUGUGAUUGUACCAAAGAUUGCCGUUCCUGCUGCCUUACUUGCUGGUGCCCUUGUGUUGCCUUCGGGAGAAAUGCUGAGAUUGUGGAUAAAGGCCAAAAUUCUUGCUGCCUGAUGGGGUGCAUUUUCUAUUUGCUGAAUCUCACAUGUCAUUAUGCUGGUUGUUCGUGGAUUAUUAGCAUGGGCUAUCGCAGUAAGCUGAGGAAGCAAUUCGGUAUUAAGGGAGGGUCAUGCCAGGAUUGUCUCAUUCAUUUGUGUUGCCAGUCUUGUGCCUUGUGCCAAGAGUACCGUGAACUUGAGUCCCAGGGAUUUGAUGUUUCUGCUGGUUGGGAUGGAAAUACCUCCAAAAAGAUCGCUAAUUGGAUGACUUUGGCUCCAGUUGACGACAUUCUUAGGCAUGAUCCAGUGAGACUGUCGAACAUGGUGGGGUUUGGACUACGGGGCACAUUAUCCACAGAGACUUCGCCAUCGGGUUACAUCAAUUUGAUCAGUUCUGGCACAUCCGGCCCACAUUGUGGGAAAAGUAGUGUCCAGGUUGCCUUACCUGCUGGUGUCCUUGUGUUACCUUCGGGAGGAAUGCUGAGAUUGUGGAUAAGGCCAAAUUUGUAA